CGCUACGCAUGCGCUGGGRGUCCCCGAGGAUCGYAGCAUUUUUGGUGUAUGACCUCAUCCAACGUUCCGUUCUAUUACUUUAUGAAAACACAAUCUCCUCGACACGGUGCUGUCAUGAGUGAAAAAAGAUAGGUUUUUUGGAGAUUUUACAGCCUCAAAUAUCGGUACAGCGAAAUACCCCGUUACAGCAUUAGGGGGAAGGCUUAAAAUAAUACCAGGGUUUUCAAUCUAAACCCGAAUCCGGCAAUCAUGAUUGUGCGGAUAGCAAUAURUACUCUUAUUUUUUUCUACUUAGUGGAUUGUAAGGUUUUUCCCGAUGUACCAGAUAACGCACAGCUUCGUAAAGAUUCAGACAUAAAUUUAAUGAAAGUACUAGAAAGCUUAGCUCCUGUUACAGCCGAUGAGGACGCCUCUCUAGCCCCUUCAUCUGAUGGCAUCGAAAGAUUUCGAAGGCAAGUGAAAGGCGGUUCAGCUACAAGCCUCAACGACAAAGUAAAUGCAAGCAAAACGGAACAAGGUGCUGCAUCUUCGGUGGURAAGGACAAGCAGUCCGACGGGCCUGAACUUUCAUCCGUUGAAGGUAACGAGCCUAAAGAAGUGCCACACCCUGCAACUCCACAGUACUGGGAACAGCCGCCUCCAGSUCCACCGGCACCCCCUCCUCGACCUCCCCCAGCGCCUCCCGUUGUUGUUACAACUAAGAUAACACCUCUCCCUGCUAUGGUUGGUUAUAAAAAUAAGACUACAUUAGAUAGUMACUUCUCAAAGCCACCCACCGAUAGCCACCAAAAGCUUGCUCAAGACACGACUGGCUCGGGUGAGGGUUCAGGUCAGACAUWUAAAAACAACGGCCUCACCACCGACGAGGCUGCUUUUAUUUCUGCACUUCAUAGYAACGAUGAAGUUCAGAGUGAAGCUAAUAGCACUCCAGUUCUUCCCGGUAGCGAGGGAGCAAUUGCUGACGAAGACCUGGCAGCCAGUGGAUCUGGAACAGGUGAAAACGUAGUCAGCAAUGAUGCGGGUUCUGGAGAGUUGGCGAGCGGAUCUGAAACACUAUCAGAUCAAAACGACGAGGYAUCGUCCGGCGAUAAACAUAGUGAGAUCGAAGUCCAAACCACGUCAGGAACGAACUUCUUGUCGGGAGAUGAUGAGAAGGAAUCGUCAGGAGAGUCCGAUUCUGAAGAGGGCUUACCCGGCAGCUUGGGCGCUUUCAAAGGCAUCGAAAAAAUUGAAAAGAGCGCUGAAGAACAGAAGCCAAAAUCAGUCAAAGUAGCUACAUCAAGCGAUGCUAAUGCACCAGUAGAAACUCUUCAGGUUGCUKCUCCCCAAAAACCAGCUGCCGCUCAAGUUGAAACUGCAGAAGAUAAGCCUGMAACAAGCUCUACAGAACCAUCAGCAGCAACUAUCCAGGAGACAGCAUCUUCAGCACCUAAAGCUACUCAAGCAGAAGCACCUAUCACCGCAGAAUCACCAGCAUCAGCUGCACCUGUCCAGGAAACUCCUGUUCAAACGCCUGCUGAUAGUACUGCCACUCAAACACAAGUAYCUUUUGUUGCUGCUGCAGARGAUGCUCCAGURUCAAAUACUCCUCCAGCUGCUCCAAAGGCUCCUGAAACGACCGUUCAAGUGGAAAAGGCUGCACCUGUUCAGACAACUGCCACCAGCGAUGCUCCAGCACAAACAGAAACUGUACAAGAAACAACAGCACAAAAGCCCGAGAAGAUCGAAACUGCUGCUGUGCAACAGCCACAAAAGGCGGAAAUUACCAUUCAAACGCCACAAAAAUCUGCUGCAGUUGACGAGGAAGCCGAUCUCAUGUCAUCCGGCUCUGGUAUGCCAGCAGCGCAAAGAGUAACCUAUGAAAGCUUUCCUGAGCUCCAAACAGAGACCGUUGCUGUAGGAUCUGGAAGUGUGAGUGAGAGUUCGGGGGCAGGGCAGCACACAGUGCCUUAUCACGACCCAAACUACAUCAAAGAAGAACAACCAGAACCAAGGCACCCAACAGUGUCGAUUAUCAAAGAUGAAAGCACUCAAGAAACRCCUAAACAGGAAAAUGAUGUUUCAGCAGCGUCGGGAAGUGGAUCGGGAUCAGAUUCCUCWUUCAUGGCCGAUUCUGAAGAGCAGUUACCUGGCAGUGUUGGUGCUAUGGGACCAAACUUGAUGACCAUGAAUAACCUUGCAGCUGGCUCAGGUGACAGUAGUACGGAGACUUCUGGUUCUGGAUCUGGAGCAACUGAAACUGUAACAUCCAAUGCCCAGAAAAAAGACGAGAUCGAAGAGUCUCCUGAAAUGGAUAAUACUAUCGAGUCUGACGCAACAGCUCAAGGAUCUGGCGGGGGAAUACAGGACGAUAUASAGGCAUCAGAAACAUCAGGCGAACAUGAUGAAUCUGGACAACGAACAACCGCAUCUGAUGAUGAAACAGGCAAGAUAACCCAAUCAGACAGCGACGAAAGCCCAAUGACAACAUCGAGYAAAGACACAGACAUCGAAGAUUCAGGUUCUAAAGCUGUUGAAAGUAGCGUUGAUUCAGACAAUAGCAAGCCUGCCCAAUCCCAUGAUAUCACAACAAAGGAUACUGUAUUUUAUUCCACCAACACAAAACCAGAGGAUUCUGCAAAACAGRCUAAACCUCUUCCUGAAAGUUUGGGAGUUGAGGAUUCAAUCUCGUUUUCAGGGUCAGGGGGUUCACAGGGAUCUGSUGAYAGCUUAGACAAUGUCUCUGAAGAGACUGUGGGAGAGGGUUCUGCAGAGGACAGCGACCAGUUACCACAAUUCAAGAAAACAUUACAAAACGAUAUCACAGGAGGUUCCUCAGACGUGGCAGCUGCGCUURCCCAAGAUGAUACRGCCCAGCCAGCAGUUUCUUUAAAACUUCCUUCAUUUGACCUCUCAAAGGAUUCGUCGCUCAAAGCUGCAUUGGGACAGGCUGUGCUCAACAAUGCUCCCAUGACAUUUGGCUCAGGAUCGUUAGGAUCAGGGUCAGAACAAGAAGAGGGUUCGUCUGCAUUGGAAGGAUCUGGAAUUACAGGGACUCUGGAAUUAACGCCAGUACGUAAUUCAGAAGAAGCUGUUGGCGAUUCAAAACAGCAAGGUGAUAAGGAAGGCGGAGAGUCGAACUCUUCUGGAGAAAGCAAACUGGAGAUGUCGACCUCAGGCGCUAUUGAACAGGAACAGCCAGACGUUGAGGUUGAAAAAGAAGAUGAAGAGAGCAUCAACGAGGGCUGGCCAAAACUUGGUGACACAGUGGAUCAACAAAUGUUGGACCAYAUGAUGAUCAGUCAGAUCCUCGAGCAAAAUCUGACCUUGUUCUACGGUGGGCUAUCAGGACGAUCAGGACCAGUAGGUCCACCUGGACCCAAGGGCCGGCGAGGAGACAGGGGUGUUACUGGUGAACCUGGACCACCAGGUUCAGGCGGAGAUGUAGGAGCACCCGGCGCUGAUGGASUUCUUGGACCUAAAGGACCUCCUGGACCACCAGGAGCUCCGGGUUUCAGAGGAGAAAGAGGUCCUCAGGGUCCACCUGGUAGUGCAGGAUCCCCGGGUGCUCCUGGUAUUCCAGGCAUCCGAGGUUAUUCGGGACCAUCAGGAGCUGAUUCUAUUAUGCCUAAUUGUUCCUACGUGUGUGAAGGCGAGAGAACAUGGCUACAGUGCAAGCAAUACGAGAUGCUGAAAAUGAACCGUGUCUUCUGGGGACGUGAGGAUAAUAGAAUGUGCCCCAAUGCACCYUUAGGUCUAUCAGUCGACAAACCAUGUGAGACAGACCCAGAACAAGCCAUGAAAAAGGUCAACGGCCAGUGCAAGGACCAACAAGCCUGCGAGAUUGUAGCAUCAAACGUGUUCUUCGACGAACCAAGUUGCAAGAACACCUACAAAUAUCUUAAACUAUGCUACGAGUGUGUGCCUGACWCAGCUAACGCCGUUGACCCGCUGUUACAAGCUGGAAAGAGGAAGAAAAGAGGGACAAAACUGGAACAUAUUAUAUCGAAAUUACGAGCAAAAGAAGUGAAGAGAUAUCAGGAGGAAUUAUGGAGACGUCCAUUCCGAGGGAAGAUCUUUUAAAACCGAUUGAUUCCAGUGGAGUUCCUAUAUUGUUUAUAUAAUAGAGUACGAAGACUUUGUAAAUAGAAUGGUACUCUUUCGUAUGAAGGUCACGUGACCUGUCCCAAAAUGCUUCGGAAUAAAGCGGGUUCGGUUUAGACUAAAAAUAUCGAUGUUCACAGCUGGGAAGGAGUUUCAUCUGGAUUCUUUCCGAAAAUACAUUAAAUAGAAACAAAAAAUCAAUAAAAUGGCAUUUAAUAAUGUCAUUGUUGGACGACGAAAUAAUACAUUCAUUACGACGGCAGACAAGAUUUAGGUAUUCACUUUGAAUACGYAAAAAUUUCGCCUUAUUGUGAAAUAAAGUAGUGACGUAGAAAGUACAACAAUUGUCAUCGAGGUUGCGCGCAAGACAAUCACGUGAUACACUUGCUCGUUUUUAUACACGCAUUAAAUCUUAAGAUUUCAAUUUUUKRAAUUUYAAUGUCAAUGUUGUAUAUGGAUAGAAUGGAGGUGMUAAAAACGAWAGCAACGACGAUGACACUUGUUGUAUUACAUCAGCAUCGAGACUGCGAUUGGAMGCAGUUAUAAAGACGAGAAUAUUUCUCAUUAAAGAUCGGUGAAAUCACUUACGAUCAUGCUGAUCGAACUCCUGAUCACGCUGAUCGAACUYCUGAUUACGCUGAUCGAACCUCUGAUCAAGCUGAUCGGACUUUAGGUAUGUUUAUUUGUAAAUAUGACUAUAGACUUAUGGCAUCACUAUCCUGUGGAAACGWUCUGUAAACUAUAGAAAUAGUUGUUCAUUUGUUAACGAGGGUAUUCGUAUCGACGGAUUUCUUAGAAUAAAMGUUUUCUAAGGAGUAAAGGGAAUCAAA